AGGGAAGAAAGAAAUGAAAAACAUGGUAAUAUUCUGCUCUGACCCACAUGCUCAUUACAAUCAUGAAAAGCAAAUGGCGUAGACAGAGGACUGGCGAAAGCAGGGGCUGAUGAACAAACCCCCAUGAGCCAUCAUCCGCCUUUGCUUUAUGUUGGUCUCGCGCUUGCUUUUGCUUUUGCGGGUUGUGUGUUUUUGUGAUCGUUUUACUUUAGCUUUACAGAUUUAAAGGGAGGGGGGGCACAUUGCGCUCAUCAUUCCCUCUCUGCAAGCCUCUGUCCAUUUGGUUCCCUUGAUGCUUGACACCGGAGCUCUGGUUCAAUCAUGUUCAUGAACACCCUUUGGGACUUUUUGGAAGAAAUCGAUUAAGAUAAGAGAUGGGUUCGCUGGGAUUUCUCAGAAUACCUAAAUUUCAGUCCCAGGGAUUAGUUAUAUUUUGGGCUCUCUUUCUCGAAAUGAAAGGCAUUUUUAGCAGUAGCACAAAGAUUUGCUAAGGAGGAGGAAGAGUCUUUUUUGUUAUCUGAGAACCCAGGAAAUUGAUAGUCUCUGAAGUGCUCUCAUCAGUGUCUAUAUCUGUAGCAAUUUGUCUUCUUUCUUUAGGAACUUGGAAAAUCAAGUGUUUUGUCAGUUGGGUUUGUUGGCCUGCUUAGCCAUAGAAUCACCAUCAUAUGCUCUAAGUGUAAAUUUUGGAAAAUAUGGCUGAAAUUCGACUUACGAGGGUGGAACAAGGCCAGACAAAAAUAAAGAACGUUCCGAUUGCUGUUACUCCAGAGGGUUUUUGGUGCUGUCCCUCUCCUGCAGUGUUUCAGAAGAGCAUCAAAGUUCAAAACACUGUAAACAAGCCAAGACCAUCCUCACCUCCAAACAAGUCUAAUAUCCAGAAAAAACAAGUCCCAGUGACUGAGAAAAGGCCGACAUCCACCCCAUUGAGGUCAGGAGUGGUUUCUGAGAACCCAAGUGCCGCAGCCGACACUCCUGCUGUUAGUGCACCUGUAGCUCCCGAGAGAACUCCGAGACCGAAAACAGAUCAUUUGCCAAGGAAGGUGUCAAUUGAGUUUGGUGAACCUGGGACUAGUGAUAUGAAGGUGAUUUUGCUAGGGAAGCAGGGAUUUUGUGUGAAGUUAAGCGUCCACCGGAAUGUUCUAGUAGAGAAUAGCAGUUUCUUUGCCAAGAAGCUUCUGGAAGAAGAGGAGGCCUUGCCUUGUUUAGAAAUCGAUGAUUGUGAGAAUGCUGAGAUAUACGUUGAAACUGUCGGACUAAUGUAUUGCAAAGAUAUGAAGCAGAGGAUGAUCAAGCAAAGUGUUCCCCGAGUUCUACGCAUACUUAAGGUUGCAGAAGCACUUGGCUUCAACCAAUGCAUACGCUCGUGUGUGCAAUAUUUGGAAGCUGUUCCUUGGGACGGCGACGAUGAAGAAGAGAAAGUAGUCUCGUCCAUCUUGCACCUCCAGGGUGAAGGCAUUGGCGUCACUCCCAUACUGAAGAGAGUCUCUUCUAAUGCCUCAGCUCCAUCAAACGACACGCUCUCCCAAAUAAUGGAUAUGGUUCUCAAGAGUAACGAGGAAAGAGGUCGCCGCGAGAUGAAAUCCAUCGUGCUGAAGCUCCUCAGGGAGAACAACAGUAGUCUUCCUAGUUGUAAUGAAGCCAUUUAUAACUCGUGCAGGAGCUGUUUGAAUGCAUUAGUCUCUUGUUUCAAGCAAGCCACUGAACUGGACUCAGACGAUAGCACUAUUGCUGGCAAAGAAACGUUGGCAAAGCAGAUAGCCUUGGAGUCCGAUAACCUCACUUGGCUGCUAGAGAUUUUAGCCGACAGACAAGUUGCAGAUGACUUUGCCAUCAUGUGGGCUGGCCAACAAGAACUGGCGACCUUGCACGGGAAACUUCCUGUAAUGUCACGCUACCAUGUGAGUUGCAUCACGGCACGGCUCUUUGUCGGGAUUGGAAGAGGGCAGUUGUUGCCGUCCAAGGAGACGCGCCAGAUGUUGUUGAAGACCUGGUUGCAGCCAUUGAUCAACGAUUACAGCUGGUUGCAACACGGGUGUAGGUCCUUCGAUCGUAAGGUUGUGGAAGAAGGGAUCGGUAGGACGAUCUUGACCCUACCAUUGGAGGACCAGCAGAGCAUUCUGCUUUCCUGGUUGGGCAGCUUCUUGAAGGCUGGCGAUAACUGCCCGAAUCUUCAGAGGGCAUUCGAGGUCUGGUGGCGCCGUACUUUUGUUCGGCCGUAUGUGGAAUCGCAGGGGAAUUCUCUCCACAUGGAUAACAUGAUAGCUCCGAAAUAAGGAAGUGAAAGAAAUGUCUUUGCUAGCAAGGCUUUGUUUAGGAUUAAUUGAGUGGAUUUCUUUGGUAAACAAUCUUCAAGCAACCUGGAAAUUGCAAGAGUAGAGAAAAGAGAAGAAAUCUUGCAUCGGCCAGACUCAACCGCUUGAAGAACUUAGAUAUCCGUCUGUGGUGAAACAAAGACCAGACAUUGUGUGAUCUGGACUUCACCAAUACUCUAGAUCGAAAAUGCGGUGAAUUGCUUUGUAUAUAGAAGCUUUCUGAGGAGCGUGCUUGAAGUUGCUUCUUGAUGCAAUUGUUUGAUCAUCUAACAAGUACAUGCACGCACGGUCUGACUACAGCACCGUGACUCUCAGGGUAUAUCGGAACUGAAUUUCUUAACUAUUCAAGAUUGCAUUGAUUGCCAUUUCUUAA